UCUUGUGAUAUUUACUCUUGAUGCCGGGAUCGAGUCGUGGGAGAGGCUCCUUUGUCGGAAUCUGUUGCAAAACUGUCCAUGCUCCGUUGCGCUUUUCAUAGACCGAGGAAGGCUCCCAGACUUCAGAUUCGUUCCACUGAAAAAGCUUAGCAUCAACAUAUGUGCCAUCUUUUUAGGUGGACCAGAUGACCGUGAAAUGCUUACGUACGCUACACGCUUGGCCAGCCAUCCCAGCGUCGAGCUCCAUGUGUUCCGGCUCGUGGACCAGAACGGCGUCUCUCCGCUCAGAGACAUGGUGGAGAGAAAGCAUGACAUGAGAGUCAUCAACGUCUUCCGCAAAGAGAAUUCCGAAAAAAACAUCGUCUUCAGAGAGAUAAGAAUAGAGGAAGCGGUGGAUCUACUGGGGUUGCUAAGGAAGGAAGGAGACGACUUUGAUCUGAUGAUGGUGGGGAUAAGACACGAAGAGAAUCUAUUGAUGUUGGAAGGGUUGUCAGAAUGGAGCGAUAUGAAGGAGUUAGGAGAGGUUGGAGAUUUGUUGGUCUCCAAAGAUCUCGAGCUCUCUGUUUCGGUUCUCGCGGUCCAGCAAUGA